GUCUGCCUCUCACCAACCGCGGCUUGCCAACCUUCUAAUUAGCCUUUGACCCACCCCCCCGCCGCCCGCCGCCGCAGACCAUGGAACACGCGUCCGCCUUCCUCGCGCGCGCGCUCACCACUCCGCUCCCGGCACCCGCCGCCCUCCCGCGCCGCCGCCCGGCUCGCGUGGCCGUCGCCGCCGCGGCGCCGGAGCGCAGGCCGCCGGGCGCGGUGGCGUCCACCACCAACUACGUCGUGCCGCUCGACGCGGCGCCGUCCGGGAUCACGCGCCCGCUCGUCGAGAUCCUCCGCGACCUCAACAAGCGCGUCCCGGACGCCAUCGUGCGGCCCUCCUCCCGGCGCGCCUCCGCCUCCGACCCCGUCAUCCCCUGGUACCAUGCCAAUAGGAUGCUCAGCUUUUAUGCUCCAGGUUGGUGUGGGGAAGUUCGUGAUGUUAUUUACACUGACAGUGGAAAGGUGACGGUCAUAUACCGCGUGACUGUGCGCGGAACAGAUGGAGAGGUUCACAGGGAGGCUGCUGGAACAGCAUCGCUGAGCGAUGAACGGUUCGACGACCCCGUGUCUGCGGCAGAAGAGGCAGCGUUCUGCAAAGCCUGCGCGAGGUUCGGUUUCGGCCUUUACCUGUACCAUGAAGACGAGACACCAUAGAAGACCAACAAUUUCUCCACAUCGUCUAUGCCGGCCCUGUUCUGUUUAGAUUUGCGCUUGAGGGGCUGUGCUCUACUGUUGUUGAUCAGUAAGUCUAUCAGAUACCCAUCCCAUUGCUGCUAGGUCCUUGAGCUGUUGUAACGCUGGUACUAUGUUGUUUGCUCGUUUUGGUAGCUUUGUCUUGCAAAAAAAUGUUGUCAGCUACAAUUGGUAUGGAUUAUGGAACUAUUAGUAUAUAUGCAAUACUUUUUUGUUGCUUACCUC